AUGUCCAGCUCUCAGAGGGACAACACCAUGUCCAGCUCUCAGAGGGACAACGACUCUGCAGAGGCCAAGAAAUCCGACCUGCGGGAGAAGAAAUGCUCUUGGGCCUCCUACAUGACAAACUCCCCGACGGUGAUCGUCAUGAUCGGCCUGCCUGCGAGAGGGAAGACGUACAUGUCAAAGAAACUCACACGGUACCUCAACUGGAUCGGCGUCCCAACCAAAGUGUUUAACUUGGGCGUGUACCGCAGGGAGGCCGUCAGAGCGUACAAGUCCUACGACUUCUUCCGCCACGACAACGAGGCAGCCAUGAAAAUAAGGAAGCAGUGUGCCAUGGUAGCUCUGCAGGAUGUGGGGGCUUACCUGACGGAGGAAGGAGGUCAGAUCGCGGUUUUUGAUGCAACAAACACAACUAGAGAACGUAGAGACCUCAUUCAAGGCUUUGUGAAGGAGAAUGCAUUCAAGGUGUUCUUCGUGGAGUCGGUGUGUGACGACCCUGAGGUGAUAGCUGCUAAUAUUCUGGAAGUGAAGGUGUCCAGUCCCGACUACCCUGAGAGACACAGAGAGAGAGUAAUGGACGACUUCCUCAAACGCAUCGAUUGCUACAAGGUCACUUAUCAACCGUUAGAUCCUGACAUUUACGACAAGGACCUGUCAUUUAUCAAGGUGAUAAACGUGGGCCGGCGUUUCCUGGUGAACCGGGUGCAGGACUACAUCCAGAGCAAGAUCGUGUAUUACCUCAUGAACAUCCACGUGCACUCUCACUCCAUUUACCUGUGCCGCCACGGAGAGAGCAACCACAACGUGGAGGGCCGCAUCGGGGGGGACUCUGAGCUUUCUCCUCGAGGGAAACAGUUCGCCCACGCCCUGAGAGACUUCAUCAAGGAGCACCAACUGUCGAAUUUGAAGGUUUGGACGAGUCAACUGAGAAGAACCAUCCAGACGGCGGAGGAGCUCGGGGUUCCUUAUGAACAGUGGAAGAUUCUCAACGAGAUCGACGCUGGUGUGUGUGAGGAGAUGAGCUAUGAGAUGAUCGAGAACACUUUCCCAGAGGAGUUUGCUUUGAGAGACCAGGACAAGUAUCACUAUCGCUACCAAGGAGGAGAGUCCUACCAGGAUCUGGUUCAGCGACUGGAGCCGGUCAUCAUGGAGCUGGAGAGACAGGGCAACGUGCUGGUCGUCUGCCACCAGGCCGUGAUGCGAUGUUUGUUGGCGUACUUCCUGGAUAAAAGUGCAGAAGAUCUACCGUACAUGAAGUGUCCGCUCCACACUGUGCUCAAACUCACACCUGUGGCGUAUGGUUGCAAAGUGGAACUGUUUUAUCUGAACGUGGAGGCAGUGAACACACAUCGAGACCGGCCCCUUGUAAAUGAAACCCUGAGGGACUCUGCUCUCGUACCUCGGCGGAAUAGUUACACUCCCUUGUCCAGUCACGACCAGGUCAAGCGUCCCAGGCUCUACAGUGCGGGCAACCCGCCCUGGCUACCGCUUGCCCCCACGCCAUCAGCUCUGAUGCCAGAUGGACGGCAAAGCCAACCCCGAAUAGGAAGCAGAUGUCUGAGUCCCUGUGCGAAGGAAUCGACUUUGACAGCUCCGAGGAAACUAGUGGCUGUGUCCGCUUCUGAGUGA